GCGGAUUCCGAUUGGCUCGCUUUACUCCACCAUCGUCUCUCGCAUCAGGAUCUGCUCCACCUAACGGGAAGCGACGACGGCAGCUUAAUCUUUCAUUGGGGAAAAAAAGGGUGAAAGGCGAGACGAAAACAUUUCAUUUUGUCUUCGGUAAGUCAAGAAUGACUAUGGCGGAGAAAUUUAAUUGUACUGUAAGGACAACAUCAUUAUUUUGUCAUAUUUGCAUCCUCUGUAGUGGGUCUGAACGGGCUUCUCCUCUGUCAUGAGACUGAGAGAGGAGGAGGAGGGACGGAUGGAGUCCGGAGACCAGGGCCUUCAUUAGACUAUGAGAUUUAAGGUGUUAGAAGAUAGUUAGAUGUUCAGAUUGUGGCUUUUAAAGUAGGUUGAUCUGUAGUUCUUUCAGAGUCUUGGGAAGCUAAGCUGUGCUCGAUCAGAACUUGAUAUCUUUGCCUCAUAUUUAAUGAAUAAUCUGGAGUCAUAUUUCACAGCCAGCAAAGACUUUAACUACAACAUCAGCAGUACUGAGACAAACCUUUACACUUACAUACAGAAAGAGCUGCAAUCCUUAAGCUUUUUUAGUAUUAAUUGGAAAUGAGUUCAAUAUGCAGGUAUUAAGUGUGCACCUGAGUAUUUAACCAUAGGGGAGAGUGGGGUAAGUUGAGCCACCCUCUGCUGCUUGGAAAUGGUCAAAGAAAUUGAUCAUGUGACCAAAUAUUUAGGAGAUGGGCAUCAAUUCAUGUAAUCUGUGAGAGUUAGAAGCAAAUGGGUGAAGGGGUUAGACAUUUAUUUACAAAAACAAACAUUUUUCACUCUUGAAAGUGAAUUUAGUCUGUCAUAAGUUUGAUCAGAAUUGUGUUCAGACCAAAAAAGGUCAUUUUAAAUUUGUUUUAUACAUCAAUUGUGGUAUCUAUGAGCUACAACAUGAGGCCAAAAACUUUACAUAAAAGUCCACCAUUUUAACUUAGAGGACUAAUAAAGUCAUAACAGUAGUUCAGGGGUAACUGAGGAAGUAAAGAAGUCUGACAAGAGGAUCAGAGUUUCAGUUCAGAUUGUUAAAAUGUUUUUACUUUUUCUUUUAAAGAAAUACAGCUGUGAAUGUUAAUAGAAACUUACCCCAUACACGGGGGUAAGUUGACCAUAGGAGACCACUUUUUUUUUACAUGCUAUAUUAUCAAGACAGUUAUGUUUACACUCAUUCUGUUGGUUUGCAGGGAUGAACAACAUCUUAAAAUAUAAACAGAUACACUAGUUAGAGACAAAACACUGAUUGCCUUAAUGUAGUGAUCCGAAAUAUGAAAAACAGCUCAUCUAAUCCCACUCUCCCUUAUAGGAGGGCGAGAAAAGAAAUGGUAAAACGAAACAAGAAAGGGUACGACAACAUAAGACAGCAUCACAGAGUCUAUCUUUAACCCUCUUGGUCCAAAAUGAAAAAACAGGUGCAAAAAAUUUGAUCCUUAUCAAACCAGAGUCAGUUUUCUUUUGUAACCCUCAGUUUUUAAGACAUGUCCAUUCAGCUGCAUGAUGUCUGACAAUCUUUCCCCAAGCCUUUUGAAUUAAUGUGAUGAUACAUGGACUCCACAAGACCUCUGAAGGUGUAGUGUGGUAUGUGGCACCAAGACUUUAGCAGCACAUGAAUCAGGUUCUUUAAGCUUUGAGGUGCAGACUUCAUGGAUCAGACUCCGGGAAACCCCAAAGAUCUGAGAUCUGGGGAAAUCAGGAUCUUGUUUUGACACUCUCAUGUUCAUUGUAAAAGCUUUACGUGGUGUACAAGGGUCAGUAUGGGCAUCCAGAUAGGUCUGCAGCUGCACAGCCUCAUAGCCACAGUACAAACAGUAAUGCACUGUGUGUUUUGGCCUCAGUUGGAUCAAUCCACCCAUGCAUAUUGGUGAGCUAAUGCUCCUUAUACUGGUUCACAACUUUUAGUAGGUGCUGACUCAGAACACCCGACUGUACCUGCAGUCCUGGAGAUGCCUGACCCAAUCAUUUAACCAUCACAGUAUAGUCGGGUUCUGAAGUUAGUGCCUGACCAACUUCAGCUUCAUCGAUAGCCAACGUUAUUCACUUCACCUGUCAGUGGUGAUGUCUAAAUGAUGUCCUUCUUUCAUUCUCAGCCUCCAGCCAACAUGAUCCACAGCUUGUUCCUCGUAAACGCCUCAGGGGACAUUUUCCUGGAGAAGCACUGGAAAAGCGUGGUCAGCCGCUCCGUGUGUGACUACUUCUUUGAGGCGCAGGAGAGGGCGACAGAGCCGGAGAACGUCCCCCCAGUGAUCCCCACGCCUCAUCACUACCUUAUCAGCGUGCUCAGACAUCGCAUCUACUUUGUCGCAGUCAUCCAGAGUGAGGUGCCUCCGCUGUUCGUCAUCGAGUUCCUGCACAGAGUCGUCGACACAUUUCAGGUUCUUGUUUUCUGUGUUCCCUCGGUUAUUUAGUAUUUUGAUGCACUUUUUAUGACUCAUGCAUCUUAUUUUUAACACCAAUAUCCUUUCUUUUGUUUCAUUGUUGACAGGAUUACUUUGGAGUGUGUACAGAGGCUGCCAUUAAGGACAAUGUGGUCGUGGUCUAUGAACUGCUGGAGGAGAUGCUCGACAAUGGCUUCCCAUUGGCCACAGAGUCCAACAUUCUUAAAGAGCUCAUUAAACCUCCCACAAUCCUCCGCACAAUGGUCAACACCAUCACAGGUCUGUGGUAAUACACAAUGUAUACUUUGAAACUUUGUGUGGUAAUUAUUUUUCUAUAUGUAGUUCUGGUAGAUUUGAUACUAGACCUUUGUCGGGCAAACCUCAAGUGUUUAAACUUCUUAUGUCUUUGCAAGUUAAAUAGUGUGAGGAUGUUUAUAUCUAUUUGAAAAUGAUGGUGUUUUACAGUAAGACGAUCAUAAAAUGCAAAAUAUUUAACUUUUAUCUACAAUAAAGUUUCACUGAUUUUAUAUAAGAAAGAAGAAGCAAAUUCUGACAUUAUUUAAUUUGCGCUUUUUGGACACAAGGGUCCAGGGGUAAUAAUCAAGACGUAUAAGAAAACAUCAAAAGUAGAUUUUAAGUAUUAAAACAUGAUCACGUUUAAAGUAAUUUAAAAAGCCAAAGAAAAUACUAAAUUAAAAACUACGUUAAAGAGAUUUCAAAUGAAGCUGUUCAGGUGUUUUAGCCCAGCCAUGAUUAUUCUGGUAGUUGCUGAGGUGAGGGUUUCAUCAGACGGCUGCUGCUGUUGUGGGAAUCAGAACAUGGAUUAGACUUUCAAUCUUUAAAAGUGUUUUUAAUGUAUUAAUAGCGUGUUAAUGCGUAAAUGCAUGUACUUAAGAGGUAUGUUCUACCACAGGCAGCAUGUAAGGCCAAAGUCAGUAAUGCCUUAUUAAUGCAUGUAGUGAGUGUCAAGAUUACAGCUUUGGCUCAGAGUCAGAGUCUGGCUUUUGCAGCUACAUGCCAAAGACAGACACUGAACCCUGAACUGGUGUCUGUUCCAGUGGUGUGUGAAUGGGACUAGUUAAUGACUGGUACUUUACACAGCAGCCUCUGCCACCCUGUAUGAACCACCAACUAAAAAAGCACAGUAUAAGUACACUCAGUCUGCUCUUAAAUACGCUCGCAGUAAAAUGUGUGUUGCAAAAAAAUGUGUGGCAACUGUAUAAUUAUUUUACAUUUGAACCAUGUUUGUAUUCCAGGCAGCACCAAUGUGGGUGAACAGCUCCCCACAGGCCAGCUCUCAGUGGUGCCAUGGCGACGCACCGGAGUCAAAUACACAAAUAAUGAAGCCUACUUUGACGUGGUGGAGGAGAUCGAUGCUAUCAUUGAUAAAUCAGGUCGAGCACCUCACUGUCCUCUUGUUUCAUGAUUGUGCCGCUCUGCUCUGUUUGGUUUUAAAGAUCCAUUAACAGAGAAUUACAAACAGUGGAUCUCUUUCUGUUAUAAAAGUAAAGCUCUGCAGUCUCUUUUCUUUACAUCAACUCUUGAUCCUUCUUCUCAGGCUCCACCAUCACAGCAGAGAUUCAGGGAGUUAUAGACGCCUGUGUGAAACUGACAGGCAUGCCCGACCUCACUCUCUCUUUCAUGGUGAGUUUCCUCUUUCCCUUUAUGAGCUACACAUGCUGUGUUUAGAUGUGUCUCAUUAGUUUGACAUCCAUAAUUUAAUUUUACUCAUCCCAAAUCAUCUUAUCCUGGCGCCUCUUUCUCCCAGAAUCCUCGGCUGCUGGAUGAUGUCAGCUUCCACCCGUGUGUUCGGUUCAAGCGCUGGGAAGCAGAGCGGAUCCUCUCCUUCAUCCCUCCAGAUGGAAACUUCCGGUUGCUCUCCUACCACGUCAGCUCUCAGAAGUCAGUGUGGCAUCAUAAGCGUCACUUUUAAGGCUAUCAUACAUAAAGAGUAACUAUCUUUCAGCACAUGCUCAGUGUGCUUACAAAACAUAAGUUUCAAUGUUUGCUUUUAUGGCUUAAACUUCUUUGUUUCUUUGCCUGUUUCUCCUUCAGCUUGGUUGCAAUUCCAGUCUACGUCAAACACAACAUCACCUUUCGGGAAGGGAGCUCCCAGGGACGCUUUGACUUGACACUGGGACCCAAACAGACGAUGGGCAAGGCUGUGGAGUCAGUGCUAGUUAGCAGCCAGCUGCCCAGGGGCGUCCUCAACGCCAACCUCAAUCCCUCCCAGGGAACAUACACCUUUGACCCAGUCACAAAGGUACCAACACUUUCACAUCCCCUCCAGGAAGUCGAAAAAAAGAUGUAAUCGUUUGUCUUUUUAUCACCUUUUUCAUAAAAAGUAAUCUCCUAUGACCUUGUUUUUCUUUGUUUUGGUUAGUUGUUGUCUUGGGAUGUCGGUAAGAUCAACCCACAAAAACUACCCAGUCUAAAGGGCACAAUGAGCCUGCAAGCAGGAGCCUCUAAACCGGACGAGAACCCCACCAUCAACAUCCAGUUCAAGAUCCAACAGAUGGCCAUCUCAGGUACACACAUGCACACAAAAAUACCCUUUUUUUUCAUCUCCGGGAGUCCUUUGUUUCUUUUAGUUUUUUUUCUCAGAUCCUUAGUUGUUUAAUUUUAUUUGGACUGUCUGUCUCUCAUCCAGAAUGGGAGUGGUUUAAUCCUGACUGACAGUCACAUGCUCAAGUGUCCUCGGGCAAAACACUGAGCCCCUUCACAUGACACAGACAGCAGCAUGUGAGCACCAAUGAAUGAGGUUACUCAAUACUGAUAGUACUCUAAUAUAGCAAUCUCUGCUUUCUGUGUAAAAAUGUGGUAUGAAUCAGUGAAUAAGACGAGCAGUGUAAAAGCACCUGUAGUGGUUGGAAACUCUAGAAAAGUGUCAUGUCAUCAUUACUCAAUUUUUGGAACCAAAUCUUUGCCUGAGAGUAAUUUAAGUAACAUAGUAUGUUGUAAAUGCAGUGUACUAUGAAGAGAGAAGAAUCUGAGCUUGACCUCUUCAUACAACAGAAGCUUUCAUCUCAUAGGCUGCUCAGCUGACAGUCACCUGACUGUAAUCUGUGAGCAUGUUCACUCAGUGGCCACUAGAUGGUGUCAAACGCAGUAAAUACACCUCAUGUGACAUCUUUAGACUUUCUUGAAAGAGAUUCAUAACUUUAAUUUUUACUUUAAGCAGCAUCAUCUUUGGUAUUAAUAGAAAGUUGCUAGAUCAAUAGUUUUACAUGUACUAAUAUGUAAAAUGAUAAACUUAUUGUGUGAAAAUUUCCUCUUGCUUCUCAACAAAAUCUUUUCCUACAUUUCUUCAUAUGAAUGGUGUGUAUUUUUCACUACUGAGAAUCUAAUGUAGCUUCUCUUUUUUCCUUUAAACCUUCAGUUUUUGCUUCAAAUGUAUUACUAUCAACCCAAGUGCACUAAAAACCCUUUACUCUAAAAAUCCUUAAAUUUGUCACUCAGACUCUGCUUAUAUUUUGUGGCUGCACAGGCUGAGAUAGUGUACAGAUAAUAUCAAUUAAAAACACCAGACGGCUGUAAUCUGGUCUCUUAUGACUUCAUAUGCACGGCAGCACUGUUAUGUGUAAGUAUGUUGUUGGGGAUUUCACCACUUGAUGUCACUGUUGUUGUUUUACAUUGAAAUUAGAUUAGCUGUCAUCUCAUAACUCCACUUUUUUCAUUAUCUACUGUGCCAUGAUGUUGUUGUGGGACACCGAUAUCGUUGUUUUAAUGCAGUUUGUACUGUAGAUGUUAACUGCAGUAAAUAAAUGAGGUAGAAACUGAAUAAAGGGCAAAACAGGUUAAGAAGUGCUAGUGCAGGGUGUUCUUGGUAAUAGGUAAUAUUUUAGCGUUUAACCUGUAAGCAGAGAGUCAGGUGUGAGAGUCCAUUUAACAAACAUCCCAGUUAGAAAAGAGUGAAAAUAUCAUUCUUUUAACAAUAUUUUGGUUAGUUUGGACAUUACCCUCAGCUUGUGAGGAUGAACCCUGUGUCCUCAAUGACACAACUUAAAACUGGCUUGGUGUAGUGUGAACUUUGCACUCAAACUUAAGAAACAACCCAAACUCAGCUGGUAUAACCGGUCUUAAAAUGUUGUUGUCCUCUCCACACAUGAAUGGAAAAGUGUUGUCAUGAGUAAUAAGUCUUUCUAAAUCACUGUUGGUGUGCUUCAUUUUUUAUUUGUGGAUGUUUUUUUAAGAUGUUGCAUGAAUUGACUCACAUGUCCUGAUAUAAACCAGAAUUGUUAGUUCCUGGUCGUCCAGAAUGAACUUUGUACAUUUUUUGUCUCUUGCACAGCUGGUUUAACACAGGACAAGGAGGUAGAACUUGAAAAACUACUCCGAUUGUUUUUAAUAUUCAUGUGUAGUUUUUCAUUGCAAAGUUUCAGAGUCUCGAGAGACGGCGAGAAAACUUGUGCGAACAAUGCAGGAAAGAGUGAAAAUGCACAGUGUUGCAAAAACUUCAUGCCCACGUCUCUGUGGUCUCUGUGGUCUGAUCGGUCCUUUCUGAGAAGUUCAAAUAACCUUAACCGACCUCACAUCACUGUUUGUUCUUUUUACAAUAACACCACUUAAAUUCAUGUGUCUUUGCUGAGAGGAUUUCGUGUGUUCUUGUCCUCCCAACAGGGCUGAAGGUGAACCGGCUGGACAUGUACGGUGAGAAAUACAAACCUUUCAAAGGCAUCAAGUACAUGACAAAGGCUGGCAAGUUCCAGGUGCGGACAUAAAGACUGCCACUCUGUGACCAACCACCAUGAGACUGGAGGGGAGGGGGGUGUAUGUGUGUGUGUGACGUGAGCGGGCAUGGGAAGACGGUACAUUCCCCGUGUAUAUGCAUUUCAGGAUUUACCUACAAAUAUUGAAGGCUUCUUGUAGCAGUUAAGAAAGAAACCAUUGCACAUUAAUGUUAAUGAAUCAAAUGUCCAGCAAACCGGUGAAAGCUUUGAAACAAGUGUAACGAGUCAUAUCCAUCUCUAAAGUUCCUCUCCUGAUCUUUAUUUUUGUUUUAUUUCACAGCCCCUAAAACAAGCUUCUACUUUUGAAAUUUUAUUAGUCAGUCCAGGAUUUAGGGUCUGAUUUCCACACAGUUUAUCCUCAUCUGUGGCAAACAUGACAUAUUCAACUGACGGCUGCCAAUGAUAUUUAUUCGUACGACUGACAGAAAUGGGUCAAAACACAUGUGGGUAUGUUGUAACAUCCAGGAAGCCGUCUAUUGUCUAAAAAGCUUAGCAAACAUGAGCAGUAUCUUUUUCUUUUUACCUCAAACAUGUUAACUUUUUCAUGAUUGUUACACAUCACACACUUGGAAACAUUGAAUGAGUCCCUCUACUUCCUAUUCUCUGCAUUUCUGUUUGAAUAUGUUUUAUUGCCUUCUGUUUGUACUGCGUUUGUUUCCUUAUUUUUCAUGUUUUAAAGACUUGAUGAAGCACUGGAGUCAGCACAUUGGCAUAAAACACUGGAGCCGUCCUUAAUCGUGCACUUUGACAUCUGCUGGUACUAACAUUUCAUUUUGAUGUUAUUGAUUAAUUACAUGUUUGUCCGCACACGUUCAUUUGUUUUACUCGUCUUAUUUAUUGACCAAAACAGAAGAUCAGAUGUCUACAGUUACAGCUUUUAUCAUUUAAGUUUACUGGUUUUACGAUGACCAAACUUUCCUGACCAUUUUAUGUUCCCAACGUGGUCAAGGAGCAGAUUUUUAUCAACUUUCCUGAUUUGGUGCUCAACACUGUAUUCCACAUGACUUCAGCUGUGUGCAUCACAGAUUUUACAUUCAGAGAAAUUAUGAUGUGCAUUCAAAUGUCUGUCAAACAUCUCAUAAUUCAAAGGGUAUAAUAUAACGGCUUGGAUCCCUCGGAUGUUCAAGGUUUGCAUCAUUUGUGUUUGUUAAACAGCCUCCAAUGGAGUCUUAUAAUGGUUAAAAAAAAAACAAAUAAAGAUUUGAUGUGUUAUAACUGAACAUUGA